GGCCGCUGUGUUUUGUGUUUUUUCCGCGGUCGCCUCGUAGGUGUUUCGGAAGAGAAUUCAAGACCUCUUCCUCACAUUGAUGAAAGUGGCUCUCUCGCUGAUCAGAAAUUGAUCCUCUUUGUUCAAUUCAACAUCGAUCGGACACUGCAACUGGGCAAGCCGGGGCGACGCCGCGGGGAUGCACCGAGAUGAAAACAAAACGGCAGGGCUUUUACCGGAGAGCUUUCGGUUAGCUAUCUUUAUUGCGUGUUCUUCAACUUUUACCGGAGCGAGUAGCCGUAGUUAGCCCGACGCUUAGCCGCUUUAAGGUUGGAUCAUUUGGGGGAAAAAUAAGUGCGACUCAUUAUACGGUGGCGCUGUGGUGACACCAGCCGUUGAGACGGGCAGACACACAGCACCGCUUCGCUCGUGUGUUUUUAUGCUUUUCACUGACAAAUUGAAAGAACUAGACGCCACCGCCACACAGCUUGCCAACAGACAGGACGAGAGUGAACAGUCCAGGAAGAAACUAAUCGACCUGAGCCGCGAGUUCAAGAAGAACACACCAGAGGAUUUCCGGAAACAGGUUGCCCCUUUGCUCAAAAGCUUCCAAGGAGAGAUCGAUGCCUUGAGUAAAAGAAGUAAAGAAGCAGAGGCCGCCUUCUUGAACGUGUACAAGAAAAUAAUCGAUGUCCCAGACCCUGUACCUGUGCUGGAGCUGGCUCAGCAGCUGCAGCUGAAGCUCCAGAGGAUGCAUGACAUUGAGACAGAGAACACCAAACUUCGAGAGACACUGGAGGACUACAACAAAGAGUUUGCAGAGGUUAAAAACCAAGAGGUGACCAUUAAGGCCUUGAAAGAGAAGAUCCGUGAGUACGAGCAGUCUCUGAAGAAUCAAGCCGAGAACCUGGCCCAAGAGAAGCAGCUCCAGCUACACAACGACUAUGCAGAGAAGGAGAGGAAACUCCAGGAGAGCCAGGACUCCAUGUCCUCACGGUUGGAAGAGUCCGAGCACAAGGCCCAGUCCCUACAGACAGCACUUGAAACAACUCAGGCCGAGCUCUUUGAUUUGAAGACCAAGUAUGACGAGGAAUCCACAGCAAAGGCCGAUGAGAUUGAGAUGGUGAUGACAGACCUGGAAAGAGCCAAUCAGCGAGCAGAGGCAGCUCAGCGCGACAUGGACUCGCUCAGAGAGCAGGUGUCCUUGAGCAGCCAAUCCCAGCUGGGCAGCCCGGCCAAGGCCGACCCCGACACGCAGACGGAGGGGGCAUCCAACUCAAGUCAGGAGGCGGAGCUACGGGCCAAAGAAAGGGAGACAGCCCAGCUGGUGGAGGACGUCCAGAGACUGCAGGCCAGCCUGACCAAACUCCGAGAGACCACCAGCUCUCAGAUCGCACAGCUGGAGGAGCAGCUCAGCAGCAAGACUGCCACUCUCAAGGAAUUGGAGGAGAAAGUGCUUAAGCAAGCUGACUAUGAGGAGGUGAAGAAGGAGCUGAGCAUCCUCAAGUCCAUGGAGUUUGGCACAUCUGACUCUAUGCAGGACUCCUCCAAACCUCUGGAGGUGCUGUUGCUGGAGAGGAACCGCAGUCUUCAAUCUGAGAGCGCCGCUCUGCGCAUCGCCAACACUGAGCUCAGCGGGUCAGCCGGGCGGAAAGGGACAGAAGAGUCCACAACGAAGGAGGAGACCAUGCCCAGCGAUCCCUCUUCCUCGCCCCCUUCUCCCCCUCCCUCUCUUCCUUCCUCCUCCCAGUUCCCCCUGUCUCGCACUAAGACGGACACCCUAAACACUGCCACCAACACCAGCAGCGGCGAAACGCACCCUUUCAGUCCUACGGGCAUUGGACAGGAUUUCUACUCCCCUGUGUUCCCUCUGGUGGGUGGUAAGAUGGCUUUGAACUCCCUGAUCCAGCGGCAGCUGCUUCAGACCUUCUACUCCAAAGCCUUGCAGGAGUCGUCUGGGAUCCCCAGUGGCGCUCUGCUGUUCACGCCCUUCACUCCAACCCUCAGCUCCAUCCCUACCUCCACCCCAGGCUCUGGGUCAGCUGCCAUCCCUCUGGCGGCCAGCAGCCCCCAGCCACCUCCAGCCAGCCCAGACAUGGCUCCUGUGAAUGGGAGCAGCACCGCUGGCAGUGCCCCGUCCCCAUCACCCAGCCACUCUGAGGCCACCACGGGAAGUAUUUUGGACGGGGAGGACAUGGACACGGGUGAGAUUGCCCGACAGGUGAAAGAGCAGCUGAUCAAGCACAACAUUGGCCAGCGAGUGUUUGGCCACUAUGUGCUAGGACUGUCCCAAGGAUCGGUGAGCGAGAUCCUGGCCAGACCGAAGCCGUGGAACAAGCUAACCAUCCGGGGGAAGGAGCCUUUCCACAAGAUGAGGCAGUUCCUCGCCGAUGAGCAAAACAUCCUCGCACUGCGCAGCAUCCAGGGACGGCAGAGAGAGGGCUCAGGCCAGCCCCAGCUUAGCCGAAUGUUUCAGGAUGUUCCGAAGCGGAGAGCCCUCUCCAAUACAGCUUCACACACAGGUAACAUUACCGCCCGGGUCCGCACCCCAGAGGCUGGUUCAGAUGAGGCUAUCAAGUCCAUUCUGGAGCAGGCCAAAAGAGAGCUGCAGGUGCAGAAAGCUGACUUGUCCCAUGCUCAGCCUUCAUAUACAGGACUGAAAGGUGGGGGCGGCAUGGGUGGCCUGGGAGGCAUGGGAGGCAUGGGAGGCCUGGGAGGCCUGGCAGGAGGAGGGGGCCACGGGUCAGAUGAGGUUAUCCGCUCCAUCCUAGAGCAAGCGCGCAGAGAGAUGGAGGCCCAACAAACUGCAAUGGAGCCCCUCCUCAAAGCAUCAUCUUCGUCUUCCUCCUCACUACUAUCACAGAGGGACUUCCUAAACUCCUCGCUGACCGCUCCCCUUCCCCCUUACAACCCCCUGGCACUCUCCCUCAAGAAGCCCAGCAGCUCCUUCUUGUCCUCCCCCUCAUCCCCAUCUCCCAUCCUGGACUUCAGCUCCAGCGUGAAGAGAGAGGGCAGGGGUUCUUCAGGGAUGGACCUGUCUGUUGAGGGAGCUCUCAGGCUGGGUCGGAGCUCUGACGGGUCCGGCCGCUCUGGAAGCUCUGGAGGAGUGGGUUACUGGAGAGAGCAGUGGUGGAGCAACAUGCACACGGACCCCCGCAGGGCCGCAGUCAGCCAGACAGGAGAGGACAACCACAUGCAGGAGGACUCCAAAGAGGGAAUAUUGAGUGACAGUCUGUCUCGACACAAGCCGUGGAACAAGUUGAACCAGAGGAGCAGAGAGCCAUACCUCCGCAUGCAGCCAUGGCUCAACGGAGACCAGGGGCAAAACGCACACAUCCAGCCAGCUCAGCACCAAGCAGAGGGUACUCCCAAGACAUCUGCCAGCUGCAGCCCUGCUCCUGAGUCCCCCCUCAGUUCAGCCGAGGAGUCUGUCAACGGUCUUGGAGGGGAUCCACUCGCUUCACAGUCCUCCAGUCUCAAACCUGCGUCUGAGGAUCCCUCAGGUGGGGAGUCCCAGCCCGGCACCCCACUGCCUGUCCCCGGUCAUUCGGGUCUCAGUAUCCAGGAAAUGGUUGCCAUGUCUGUCGAGCUUGAUACUUAUGCCAUCACCAAAAAGGUUAAGGAGGUGCUGACUGAUAAUAACCUUGGCCAGCGUCUGUUUGGGGAGACUAUCCUGGGUCUGACUCAGGGUUCUGUCUCAGACCUGCUGGCCAGGCCCAAACCCUGGCACAAGCUCAGCCUGAAAGGCCGAGAGCCAUUUGUCCGUAUGCAGCUCUGGAUCCAGGACCCACACAGUGUGGAGAAACUCAUGGACAUGAAGCGCCUGGAGAAGAAAGCUUACAUGAAGAGGCGGCUAAGCUCCCUGAGUGAUAGCCAUCCUGUGGACGUGGGUUUAGUGGGGCAAGAUUACAUGCAGGGCUCCCAGAGCCCGGUUCAUCAGCAUCUGAAGAAAGCCAGGGUGGUGCUGGGCCCCGAGGAGAAGGAGGCCCUAAAAAGGGCCUACCAGCAGAAGCCCUAUCCCUCCCCAAAAACCAUUGAGGAGCUGGCCUCCCAGCUCAACCUGAAGACCAGUACUGUCAUCAACUGGUUCCAUAACUACAGGUCACGCAUCCGGCGAGAGCUCUUCAUAGAGGAGAUCCAGGCCGCUGGAGGGUUAGCAGGGCAUGGCAGUGAGGGGGGCUCCCCGUCCCUCCGAGGGUCCAAAUCAGGAGAGGGGGACAGCUGUGAUGGGACAGAAUCUGAAGGCACAGUGGAGACACGCCAGGGACUGGGUAUGGGCCUGGAGGAUCACAGAGGAGCAUGCAAAGACGACAUGGAGGUGGAGUCUGAGGCAGGGGGAUCUAAUAACUCCCCUGACCAGCUAGACUGCACCGGACCAGGCUCCAGCUGUGGUCUGGGGCUCUUCAGCCUCACAGAGGCAUCCUCCAGUGGCUCUGCCUCUAGUACUAACAUCCCAGCCUCUGGCCCUGCCAGAAACCCCAGGGACAACAAUCUGCGCAAGAAGAAAGCUGCCAAUCUCAAUAACAUCAUCCACAGGCUGGAGAAGGCUGCUAGCAAAGAGGAUCCCUCAGAGUGGGAGUUCUAGCUACUCCUGAGCAUCCUGCACCCCUCUUGUCUCAUAACCUCACGACCUCUAACCUUGGACCCCUCCUGCUCUGUUCCAGUUGGAGAGUGGACAAAGCCAAAGUCAAGCUCAGCAGCCAUUUUUAUUACAGAAAAGCUUUCCGAAAAGAGGAAAGAAACAAAGAGCGGUUGGCAAAACCCUUAAAAAGAAGAUUUACUGAAUACCUAGAAGAACAAAAUAAGAGGACCUAUGCGUCUCUCCGUUUUUUUUUAAACUGAGUUUUGUUUUUGUACUGAGAAAAGCACUUAGCCGUCCUGCUGGCCUCCGGCCCUGCUGUACCUUCCCCUAUCACCAGCCACUGGUGCACCAGACUGGUUCCUCCUGAGCGUGGGUCUGACCCACAGCUGAGGAUGAAACCUGGACUCAGAAACACAGGCAAGGCCUGACACAGCAGCUGUCUCAGUGAUAGACACUGUUAGAUGAUAGAUAGAGACAGGAACUCUCUUACAAGAACUCUCACUUUCUUAAAGGAGAUUUUUUCCGCUCUUCUUCUCACCUCCCAAGUGUCCACAAACCUCCCCUCACUCAGUGAGACGCCUCAUUUUUCACACUGUAGAGUGACUGUUACAAACCCUUUGCCUUUUUCACUCACUGCGUGUGUGUGUGUGUGCGUUUUUGUAUGUUAGGGGUUGCGUCAGUGUGCACCUGUUUGUUUGUUUGUGUGUGUAAACACACCCAAAAAUGGUGUGUGUGUGUUCUCUUCUCAAUGGCAGCAUGUUUUCUUUUUCAUCUCACUCCUACACUCUUAAGAGGGUAGUGGAAGGCCUGCCGGCUGAGCUGCCAUGGUUACUGAUGUAAGAGAGAUGAACUUUGACCUGUUGUGUCCCAUAUCCUAUCCUGCUGACAGCCAUGUGAUGGCCAGAAGGAUCUCUAAUUCCUCACAAACACACGCACUCAUCUGAAGAGGAAGGAUGGAAAGAACCCUCUUUUGCCUCCUUAAACCCGUCUUUAAAGGAUGAUCUCUUUUUUUUGAUAUUGCAAUUUGGUUGCCAAUAAGAGAUUGCACAGUCUAUCGACUCUAAAGAGUACAAAAUAGGGAAUUUUAGGAAACAUUUUAAUUAGUACAAAAUAAGAACAGAAAAUAAGAGAAUAACAAGUUACUGUCUUAAAAAAAAAAAAAAAAAACCUGAUUAGAAUGGAAUAAUGUUGCGUUUUUAAAAUACGAUACAAUAAAUUCACGUAGUACUGUAGCUUUCUGACACAUUGAUACUUCACGUGUCUCUUGUUGUUUGAGGUCGUGCACGUCACAGCUUUUGCCCAGCACUGGACCUGCUGGGUGUGUGUGUGUGUCUGCACCACCAACACAUUUUCUCUGUUCACAAACACAUCUUUUUAUAGGCCAAAUCAGGAAGAGUGUGUGUGUGUGUGUGUAUGUGUGUGUGUGUGUCUGUGUGAGCGUGUGUCUGUGUGCAUUUGUAUUUGCUUGCAUGUAAGUCAGGGUCGAGGUCAAUUCACUCAGAAGUAAAAAAUUAAGAAGAAGUUUAUCAAUAAUGACAUUUUUGACUGAAAUAAUGGGUUUUAUGUAGAAUACUUGAUUAAUCUGUACUUUCUGGUGUCUGCCGUCAAAGUGAAUUCACCCCCACCCUGGUGUGAGUAGUUUCCACUCUCCUCCAGUCUAUCCUGUAUCCAGGGAUGUUUUGCAUUGAAUUCUACUGUAUACACUACAAAUUAUAAGGCAUAUCACCUCCUCCCUGUCCCACACAAGCCCUCAGUGCCUGUCAGCCUACUGCCUCCCCUUGUGUGUGUGUGUGUGUGUGUGUGUGUGUGUGUGUGCGCGCGUGUGUAUGCGUGGGUGCAUGUACACACAUGCCUGUCAAUACAUGCGUGUGCACAAAUGUGUGCGAUUGAGGAGUGUUCAGUGUUUCCAAUGAGUGGGGUCAUAUUUCUUAUCUACUUGCACACACUACUAGUGCACAACUGACACCCUUCUUUAAGCUGUUUGAUGCGUUACCAUUACAUUAAUCUUCUCACAAAGUAGUGUAAUACUAUGAUUUACUGUAGCUUGGUUUUAUUGCUAUUUUGCAUUUAUAGUUUGGUUUUUAUUCUGCUUAUUUAUAGGUGCUGUAUUUUUUUCAUUUAAUGUCUUAUCAUUUGAGUUGUCUAUUUUUUAAGGGAUUAUACUGUUCCUGAGGGCAAGUAACAUUUUUAUUAGAAGUAUAGACUGCCGGCAGUAUUGGUUAAUAUUUACAAAGAUGUACUAGUUCUCGUUUGUUUGUAUGUUCAUGAAUCCUAAAGUUUAGUGUCAUUUCAAUAGCUUUGGAAAAAAUGUGUUUGCUACAGUCCAUGCUCCCGUAAGCAUUAAGCUUUUACCACAACAGUUAUGCUCUUACAUUGCUAGCUAGAGAAUCAAAGGACAUAUCAAGAUCGGUGAAUAUAUGAUAGCAUAUCUCUUUUCCUGUUUUCUAUCCUUCUACAAUGUUCAUUUUUGUUCGGCUGUUUCUUGGGCAAGCCCGGCACCAACGUCCGGCAGGGCAUGCCGCUUUCUUUAGAUAGAGGUCGCCCACUCUGUAAUCACGUUACCAUAAUUAUGCAGGUCCCAUUGUUUAGACUUUGUCAAGUAGGUCAAGUGAAAGUACCUAAACUUGAAAACAGAAGUAACUUGAAAGAGGUCAUAUCUGCCAAAUUGAGAUUAGAGAAGUAUACCAGCUAGCAGGGGUGCUACGUCAGAUUGAACAGAUAGCCAGCCUAUGAUUAUGCAGAAUAUAUAUUGCAGUCUGUAACAAAGCACUUAUUAGGAUCUUUCUGAAGACUUACUUGGGACAGGGUCUGUAAACACUACGACAGAGUACGAGCCCGGGAUCCUGGGAAAAUGUUUGCCUUUUUCAAAAAGUGGUUGUGAACCAAGCACAGACUCUUCUCCGCAUCCGAACACUAAAAUUAAAACAUAAGAUUGCUGUAUCCAUGUUUUCUAAAUGAUAAGCUGUAGUCUAUUACAGCAGCCCCUAUUUCAAACUCCCGAUAACUGCGUGACAGAAAGGGCCUUUGUCCUGUACAGUUGUAGAUAUUAUGAGUAAACUCCUGUUAUGGUUUCUAUCCAAAAUGUCCUCAGUCCAUCCUUAAGCGUCCCCUUUCCCUAAAUGUACACCCAGAUGUAUUGGCAGCCUAUCAAAAGACACUGAUAACCUCAUUGCACUCUAUUAGGAUGCAUUAGGUAAAAUUGGAUUUUCCAGUGUAUCUAAUAAUUGUAAAUUCCGCAAACAUUGGCGCUUCCUGUGGACGACUGAUGUGAAACAUCUGUCUUCUGCAGAAUACUGAAGGCUUCUUGCCUUCUGUUGGACUGCUCGGAUUGGACAACCACAGUAUGUUUAAUUGUGAUGAAUAGCUACUGUAAAGUUUAUAAGCACUUAACUCAUUUGCCAUUUUAUAGCCAGAUCCAUCAACUCACCCAAUCCAUGUGAGAUCAUCAGAUUUGUGCCUUUAACUGCCAAGCAGGGCACCAAACUAGUGAUGUCAUUAGACGUAGAUGAUUUCACCUGAUUUGUUCAUAAUAUAUCCCACAUCUUGACCCAAAUUAAUUUCCCAUGUACUUCAUAAAUAUUGGUACUUUUGAAGUUGACUUGUCUCAGCUCUCUGGAGAGGGUUGUAUAUAAUUCCUGGAGUGUAGUGAAAGAGUAAAAGGAGAACAGCGAGCUUGUGUAUUCUUAUGACCGACUUGCAGACAUGUUUCCGUCCGGGUCUUAUUUCAGACAGUUGUUUUCCCACAAUGCAUUUCUUACGUUGUACAUAACCUGAUCUAGCAGCGAAAGGCCAGAGCAUUGAAUGAAGGAGGAAGCAUGCAGAAAACAGCAUACACUGUAAUAACACUGAAUUUAUUCAUAGGGCAUUUUGUAUUUUUCUGUUUGUGUCAGGUUUGCUGUGACAUUAAUAGUGGCACUACAGGUAUUGAUUAUGACGUGUGCCAAUUCAAAUGGUUAUUUGGAAAAGAGACGUGUAAAUACAGUCGAUCAAGUAGCUAUUGAUUCACUUUUGUCACAGUAUGCUUUUGUUUGAAGGCAGGAGGAGAGAAGGGACGAUUCAGGACUUUUCCAUGAUCCACAGAUAUUUUUCUACAAAUUUAAAUCAGAUGAUUCUAUACACUGUUGAAUAACAUUGUAAAGGUGUAACAGAUGCUGUAUGUCAUAUCAUGUUUUCUGAAGUCGUAAAGCUUUACUGUAUGAUCUGUUGAAGUAGUGGUUAUUCAUUUUGACAUAUUAGUUGUAAUGGAAGCCCAAACAGCAGCACUGGUCACCAUAUUCAGGAAAAAAAAAGAAAGAAAGAAAAACCUCAGAUGUUUUUUGUAAUACUUUUAGAAUAUAUCUUAUGAAGUGGGUUUUGUAAGGAAACACUUUCGGAAUCAGUGGUGCUGUAUGCAUAGCACACUCAGUAAUACAUACACACAUAAUACAGCACAAUACACUCAUCCUUUAACCCCCCCCCCCCCCCCCCCCCCCACUUUACGUACGUGCUUUUUUAUGUUAUUUUUCGCUCACCUCUCACAUUGGCUAAUUUUUAAGUCUUAAACCAUUUCCUCUUAUCUCAUCAGUUAUUUCAUGCUCACCUGUACAGUUGUUAUCACCCAGAGACCGACUCCGGAGUGCUAAACAUUUCAGCGACUGCUUGCAAGACUUAAAAGAGGAAGCAUAAAGCCAAAUAGUGAAGUUAGUUAUCCACCACUGUUGAAAGGUUGCUGACAGUUUUCUGAAUGUUGCUACCUUGUGUCGUGGCUUCAGUUCACCCAUAGCUAAACCACAGUGUAGUCUGACAACCAAACGACCUGGGGAGAUCUUCUGCCCCCUCCUUUUGGAAAGCUUUAAGAUGCUUGUUGAGGCUUUAGCAAUUCAGAGUGUUUUUAGAUGAUUUUUCCAACCUUUGUCAUCAACAAUGUGGAAGUAAUAAUUCUCAUAACUUCUCCCACUGCUUAUUUUGUGAGUGUGUGUGUGUGUGCGCGUACAUGUGUGUUGUAGUACAAAAGGCUGCAUGACUGUAAAGGGAUGGUUAAGAUGUUCUUUGAAAGAUGUUUCCCUAGCACCUCUGUCACUCCUGAGAUGCUUUUUUCUCCUUGUUGGGGUCUCCUUCCCUUUUGUUUUUCCUCAUGUAUCAUUGUUUCUUUAUCUUUCUAUUUACUAAACGUAUCAUGUUGUUUGUUCUCAGCACUGUAAAACAGUCCCUUCUACAACAUUGAAAAGCAAUAUCACUGUAUGAAACGUUCACAAUGUAUUUGUUAUGAUUGACAUUUGAUUCAUCAUCAUCAUUAUUAUUCACAUGCACCCUAGGUGUGAUAAUUGAAGUAAAUCUCUUUUAUACAAAUACUAAAA